UCACCCUGUGGGUGGUUCAGUUGGAAGCGCGAGCAAGUAGUACUAAAAACAGUCUGUUCAGAUCGAAAUUGUCGAGGCCAUCCUAACCCGGCUGCCCCCAUCCAACCCACCCGCGAGAGCCCCAAUAUUGGCACGCUUCAGCCCUCCGACACUCCUACCGAGUGAAAGAACAUUUGGGCGCCCUCCUUCGGAUACUAGCCCACUAUCCACUAUCCACUAUCCACCCGAGCCCUACGCUUGACCCGCCUCUGGUCUGGUCUUGAGGGAGGGGCAUUCCCCUCUUGUGCUCUGGGAGCAUCAAGAGUUUCAUUUGAUCGAGCGGUAGCAUGUGCAUGGGCGAAGCAAUGUCCCUCACUGCAUGAUGGACGGGGUGCCAGGAGCGACCCCAAGGGCGGGUUGGGCCCAGGGUCUGCGCCUCGUAGGUCCAGACGAGCCGCAGACGCGUUGUAAACUCUGCUUUCAAGGCGUGCGGGCCGAUCUGGGUGAGCUCUUCGAGUAUGUGGUGGAUCCGGCCUCCGAGGUUUAUUGCGCCCACUUCUUCUGCCUUCUGUUUUCGGCCGGAUUGGAGCAAACCGGACAGGAUGACGAGGGCAUCCAAGGCUUCUUGUUGCCGGACAUUCUUCGGGAAUGGCGACGCGGUCAGCGACUCAAGUGCGUCCAUUGUGACCGCAAAUAUGCCACGUUGGGCUGUCGAGACAAGACUUGUCGGAAGACUUUUCAUUUGCCGUGUGCCCGUGAUCACGGGGAUGGAUUACAAUUUUGCGAUGACUUUGCCUCCUUUUGCCGGGAACAUCGACCACGGCAACAGGGUCAAUUCCCGGCCGAGGGCUCGGAGGAGGCCGUGUGUGGCGUGUGUCUAGAGAUCAUGAACCAACCCGCCAAUUGUCUCUGGGGACCGUGUUGUCAAGGCUGGUAUCACCAAGACUGCAUUCAGCGGUUGGCCAACACUGCCGGGUACUUUUUCAAGUGCCCUUUGUGUAACAAUAAGGACGCUUUCGUGCGUGAGAUGCAGCUCUUUGGCAUCUUUGUGCCGGAGCAAGAUGCCGCUUGGGAAAUGGAGGAGGACGCCUUUGAGAGUUUGCUCGAACGACACGCCCCUUGCGAUGCCCCGAACUGCGCUUGUCCGGACGGCCGCGACCACGAUGAGGAUGACACGCCCUGGGAAACCAUUCUUUGUCGAUGUUGCGGUGCCAAAGCCAUUCAUUUGGAGUGCGCUCAGAAAGUGCCGUUACCCGUGGGUAGCUCCGAACGCCACACGUGGACUUGUUCGGAUUGUCGAGCAGUACUCCGGGCCCGCCCGCCCUCCUAUACCAAUCAUUAUAGACGUGUUCGGAACGAAAGCCACGUUGCAUCGAAUCAGUUAUCCGGAUUGUUAACCCGAGUCCGCUUUCAAGUGAGUGGAUCCCUGUCAUCCCCGCAGUUGAGUGUUCGCCAUGCGAAUCUCGAGUUGAGUAUUAACAAUGUCCCAGAGUCAUCCGAAAGCGAGCCUGGCAUCUUGUCUAGUUCCAAUGGUUCUGUUCAUCCUCGCGAUGAAGAUCCGGUAAUCAGUUUGAGUCCCCCCAAAAAGAUCCAAAUGUUAAAGCCCGUAGUCCUUACAAGGAAAUCCCCUCAAAAGCGUUCGAAAAAAGCUCGCCCAGCGGGUCGAUCACGCAAAAUCACGCAGACUUCCGAUAAGGAGAAAUCCGUCCGACAAACGUCGAUUCUUCAGUUUUGUGUUUCCUCGAAAUGAAGCUACGUAAAUGUAGAA